CGAAAAAUUUACGGUGUAUUUAGGUUAUAGUACAAAGAAAGUGAUGGUAUUUCAGGGAAUUAAACAGUCUUGUGUGUGUCAUUUAAAUUGCAUCAGAAAUUCACUUACAUGUGCAAGAGUUUCGAAAUAAAUGCACAAAUUUUUGGCCUUUUCAAUGUCACUGGGGAAACGGUGUUUCUAUUUUUGGGGUGAAUGUGACUUAGGAAGUUGAUGACUGUGACCCGUUACGAAUAAUCGAGCAAAAAAGAAGCACUUACCUGCACCAAGAGGUCACACAAAUGUUUCGUGGUAUUUUAGUAUUAUACAUUGCCUUUACAUUUUUUUGAAAAAAAAAAAAACUACGAAAAGUUGUACGAUUGAGUUGGGAAAAAUAAAGUAAAUUCGAGGGGAGGAAGUUUAAUUUUUUACCUGAAUUGUGGCUCUUUAAAUGCAUUUUAGUGCGUUUGCAGACAUAUCAAAUUACGUGUUCAGUUGAAAGUGGUGUGUUUGGGCUGUUCUUAUUUAUUCUGGCAGCUACUGCUGAAUUUUUUCCUCAUAUUUUGGGUUAGGUCAUGGUCCUGUGCGUUGGAGUCUCUUUUCCUUCUGUUUCUUCAGUUCUUCUUCCAUUAUGGUUCCCCCAUAGAGAAUUGUAGGGCGAGUACAACUUUUCUCAAUACUGUAUGCUGUGGCUUUUUCCACUAACUAAUAAUUAUCAUUUUGUACUAAAUUAGCAACAUGAGGAUGUUUCCAAGUACAGAGCCAAGGAGAAAGAAAGAAAAAAGUAAAGAAAAUGAACUUUUUAGACAAUGGAAAUAUGCAUCGAUUCUUCUCUCACUGUGCUUUUUAUGCUCGAAGUCCAUAGGGAGAGCAUUUAUAUAAAAUCCAUCGGUUUUAAAUUAUUUAUAUAUUCGACCCUGCCAUCCAAAUGUAACAUACUAUUUAAUUAGAAUUUUUGAAAAAUUCUGCAGUUAUGAGAAAUAAAAUUUAUUGGCUUAUUAGCAUACGUACAGGUCAAACGGUUAGAGAUAGUGACUUGAUGAAGUAGUCUUCCUUAAAAACUGAACACUUCAAAAACGUUUUCUAUGAUUUCUCUUUCAUUUGCGGAAGUAUAUUACACUUGGCAAUAAGACCUUUGGAAGAAUAGGGAAACAUAAGCUUUGAAUUACUUUUUUUUAACAAGUUUACAAGGUCAAAUGUUAAACAGUGCUAUUGACCCUAUUUCUCAAGAAAAUGUGUUAAGUUUGUAUCAGUAAAAAUUGUUUAUUUCUGUUCUUAUAAGUCUGGAGUAGUUCUAAUUGGUUAAGAAGGGGCUAUAAUAAUUGAUUUACAUCUGAAAUUUACUUAUAUUACUCUUAUGUCAUUUCGGGCAAUCUUUGCAGUGACCUAAAUCUGCUAUAAGCCGAUAAACUUAAAAAUAAAACAAUCAUCGAAAAAAUAAUUUUACACCAAUUUUUCGGACAUUGUAUUAAAUAAAUUCGUGAGAAAUUGUGACAUUGUGAGAAAUUCGAGCAUGCCGCAAAGUUGAAACACUUUGCAACUCUUUUUUUAGUAUAACCUUUUUUCCUUUCUUUCGCUCUCUUUUUUUCCAUUUCAAUAUUUUUGCCGUUUUUGCAUAUGAAACCUCUGGCUGUGUGACUAAAAAUUUUGAAUUGCAAAUCUUUGGAAUUAUUAGCAUUUAUUCUUGUCUCAUUCGCGCCUAUUUUUAUGAUUGUGUACCAUAAAAUACUCAGCACACUGGUGCAAAAUAUUCUUCUCACACUUCAUGAAAGAAAAAGGGGUGGCAAAGCGUCCUAGGCUUUGCGAAGUGCUCGAACUCGUGACUAUGCUAUACCUCAAAAAUACUUUCGCAUCAUCUACUGUUUACCUGUUAUCAAUCGAUUUGAACUGAUUCAUUAAAAGAUCCUCCAAAAUUGUUAAGAGUAAUAGAACUGAUUUUCGGACAAAAAUUACUUAGUUCACAACUGGUUCACAACUGAUUUGAACCGAUUUAUGUAUCUCUCAAAAUAUUGCUCAAAAUACACCCUAGGAGUAAUGUAAUUGAAUUUCGGAUAAAAAUUAGUUAUUGUGCACCGAUUCACUACCGGUUCAGAAUCUAUUGGAAUCGCUUCAGUUUUAUCGGAAAAUUUCAAGAUCUUUCCAAUGAGCCCAUACAUGACCCCAUUCGGUUGAUAAAUGCGCAAUCUAGAGCCUUUUUAAGUUUUGACUUUUGGUAUAUGAAUGUAUAUUCUCCUAGGUAAUUUCUAAAACAUAUCAGAAUAUGAAAAAAAUCGCACGGCGCAUUUUCCAGCAAUCCCAGAAAACGUGGAUUUAGAGGAGGAGAGGGGUUGGGGGGAUGCUUGUUAAUGGCCUCAGAGUCGACUUAUGUGGGGUCCCCCGAAAGUCCCAAGUCUCUAUCUCUAACCGUUUAGGGUUAGGCGUCGAAACGACCGGACAGACAGACGGAAAGACAAACAAACAGUGUGACGUCAAAAAACUCGAAGAUUCAUAUUUCUAAAAUUCUACCAAAAUACGACCUCUUAGGGUCCUUAUGGUGUAAGGGCCUUGACAGACAUGAGGAAUAGCCGAGAGAGGGCUUGUGCCAGCUUCAGACUGGAGGUUUUGCCCAGUUCCCGAAGGUCUCAAAAAUCUUAAUAACAAGCAAUUUUAUUGAUUUUUCAAAAUCUAAUGAAUCAUUUUCCCUUAAUAUUCAUUCAAUCCUAAACAUCAAUUUCCUAAAAAAUCAUGCUUGAUAAGGAAUUAGAGGAGUGUUAAGCCAGAUAACUAAGCCUUAGGUCUGAAGCCCGUAUUAGCGUAAUUAUAUUAGAAAUAAUGGUUUAACUAGAAAUCCAUCAUGUUCCACUAAAGUCGUCUCUCGGCUUAAGUCGUAAGUGUGUCUAGGGCAUAAGAAGUCGAAAUAUAUAACUCAAAAUCGCGGAAUUAUGUAUAAUGUUCUCUCUGUGAACAGUGUUCCUGCUUAAGGCAAGUGUUGACUAUUUGUUUUUUUUUUUUUUGAAAAGUCCAAAAAAUUAUAUACUAAAGGGAUGGUUCUCGAAAAUAUACAUUUAUGUCUUCUAGCAUCAUUUAAAUUUUUUCUUCCUCUGUUUGAAUUUAUUUAUAUGGCACCCCAGCUGACCAUGAAACAAUGAAACUAGAAUUGUUCCUUAAGUUGAAAUUAAAAAAUUCCACUAAUUUUUGUUAAAUAAAAGUAGUUCAAUGCUAUAUUAAAUUUUGUAGUAUACUAAUAAUAUUAACUUAAAUACUAGAAUAUACGAAAAAAUUGGUAACUAAUUUAAAUAGGGCAAGGUAUUUCAACAGGUGAUAUUCAGUUACAAUUGUUAUCAUGAAAAAUUCCAUCCUGAUACCUGUAACUGUUUCAACAAAUUUUAGCCUUCAGUUUUUAAUAAUCUUCACUUUUUGUGAAGUUAGGGUGCAUUGUGUUGACAUUUUGGAUAGUAAUUUGUAUCUAUUUGUAGCGUCUAAGAAUGAUCAAGAGCGCAUACGCAUACUCUAAUAUUUGCUGGCCAUGACGAUGCUACGAGCAAGAAGGAGGCAGGAAAAAUUUUAUAUUAUCGAAUGCAAGUUUUGUUUAAAAACGCGAGUCAUCUCUUUUGGAUUCAUUUUCGUUAUGUAUUUCCCUUUAAUUAUAAAAACGGUUUAUUCGUAGUCUUCGUCGUGUUUGUUUUUCACACUUUUCAGUAAUUUUCAUUUUUUUCACGAAUUGUGUGGAUAUUUGUAAACAUAGGGUCGAAAGGCCCCGAAAACGAGGCAACGCAGGAUCGUACUGCCUGGCGACGAUGUACAAGGAGUGUGAACGCCACCUAGUGGGAAAAUAGCAAAGUGUGUAUGUUGCCGUGUGUGGAUUUUUAUGUGAGGUUAGAGUGUAUGUGAUGGCAUCAUAAAAACCAUUUUUGUAUGCCUAUAUUUAAAAACCCUUUCAAAUUUAUUUUCUCGGUUUUGUGACAAAUUGGGACAAAGUGAAUUAAAUUUUCAUGAAUUAGAUACGAUAUUCAAUGGACUCAGUGAUGAGAGUUUGAAAUGACUUCAAAUGACUCGAGAAAAAUAUUGAAAUUUUAUUUUGCAAUACACAAUAAUUAAUUUUUAUGCUUUCAAAGCAAAUUUUAAUUAACUAGGUGUCUAAAAUCUUUCUGUUUGCAAAAAACUUCUGAAAUCAAAUCCUUUCACUACUUUGACAGUCAGAUCUCUGUAUUAGUAGUGCUACAGUGCUGCCUUCUCUCAGUCUAGUUAGUUUUGCUAUAUAAUUGUGAAACUAUAGCUGUACUUUGCUGCGAGUGCUUUGGGGCUGUAAAAGUAUGGUGGUGUAAAGUCACUUUACCCCUCAAUUGGAUGCUCCCCAGCAUUGUGUUUAAAAAUUGCAUAGCGUUGAAUAUAGGAAUAGCACACACAUAUAUUUUUUUUCCACUGGGUAUAUAUAAUAUAUAAUGCCUUCUAUAAAAUGCACUGUACAAUACUGUGGAAAAUGAAGGGGGAAAGGAGAUGGCAAGAGUGUGUGGUUGAGAAAAAAAGAUGGGAAACCCUGUACUAUUGCUGCAUAUAGGAAUGAAAUGGGGAGCUGAGUGAAGAGCACGGUGAAAUGGCUAUCAAGUGGAAUAUUGGUGUGAAGGUGAUAGCCUCUGAAAUCAUUGGGUGAACAGUGGCGUACGAUGGAAUUAAUUGUGAUGUUUUUCGAAUAUAACCACCACUGGCUUAUUCGCCAUCUUUCUCUACUCCAUUCAUGAUAGAGGUCUUCUUGUUUCAUUCAAACUAUCGUCUCGCGGUGGAAUCGUGUGUCAGUCGGGCAGUUUCUCGAAAUCCUCAGAGCAGUUCGGUCGUGUAACUAAAAAUACAAACCAUAGAGAAAAGGUGUUUCUCUCUCACAUUUUCUACACCCAGAGCCAAAUUGUAUUGAUAUUUGGACAUUUAAUUCCAGCACUUGGAUUAUAAAAUUAAAAAGAAAAAAGAGAUUGAAAGAAAAACAUUCUUCACACCUCAUCGCAUCGGUUUUUCUACUGUAUUUUCUCUUGGAGAAAAUUUGCAAAAAAAAAAUAUGUGUCUUUUUGUGGAUGUAUUUGGAGUUUCAUAAGUGUUUUAAAUUAGCCGUGAGAAAGGAGUUACUGCAUCAAAGUGUCUAGGUAAAAUAAAAUUUCGGUGUUAAGUUAUUUGUCUGCACGUUAAAGGAAAAAAAAAAGAAAAACAGAAAGUGUGGAGAAAAACGCCGGGAAAACAGAUUUUAUGCCGAGGGAUUUUUAUUCGUCAAUAAUCUAUCUAAAGCACCGCGCAUAUACAAUUGCAAAAACCACAUAGGACACAAAAUAGUGGUAAAAUGUGGUGAUUAUUGUAUUGGUGAAUAAGUUUUUGUUGGAUGAUAAACUAUCGAUUGGCAAUCAAUUGUAUUCAAGUUAGGACUCUGAAUCUCCAACCCAGUGGUACAACUUCUUCUAGUGCGCACUAUUUAAUGACCAUCAGUGUUCUAUUUGUCGUCAGAUCGAAAUCACGUGCUGUAGAUCAGCAUCAAAAUGGACUCUAAAAUGGAGAAACUCAAAUAAAUUUAAUCGCGUUUAUUGAGAGUACUAUUAAUUCAAACAAGUGACAUUUUAGUGUGGUGUGCAAUAUUUUACAAGGAAUACGCAAAAUACGACAAUUCAGCAGAAUAAAGAGAAUAAUGUUUCCAAUGUAGUGUAAGAGGUGAGAUAUUAACUCUGUAACUUGUAGUCAUUGUAAUUGUAUAUGGUGUAUAAUUUAUAGUAAGUGUUGUAAGAAGUUAAACAAACAAAAAAAACUGUCCAAGAGACUUUGACUUUUGUUUAAUGUGAAAAAGAGGAUCAUACUGUUGUGCAAUCAUAUCAGUGUUGAAAAUAAAAAAAAAUAAAAGAAGUGAAUCGACACUCGAAAAAAUUCACUCUGUAAGCAAAGUGGAGGAAAAAAGAAAAAGAAAAAGUGUUGUGUCAGCUGAAAUAUAUGGAUAAAUUUAUAUAUAUGCUAAUGACAUUAAAUGAAUUAACAUUCAAGUGAGAGCAGAUCAACAGGGGUGAAGCAGCAUGUAUUGGAGAAAUUCAGAGAGUUCUGCAAAUCCCUAUUUGAAAUUAGGUGAUUUCGUUGCAAGUGGAAAAAGAGAUUUGGCACCAAGUGUUCUUUGCUAAUUAACACAAAAGGGGGCUAAUUGCAAAGAAAGCAGCAGUUGACUCUCUUUUCUCUCCCCACUCAUCCCUAAAAUAGUGUUUAAAAAAAAAAACAACUACAAACACGUUGGUCCUAGUUGAGCAUUUCGAUUACUUUUGCCUAAUUACCCUCUAUACCCUCCAUCCCUGUUCAUACCCAAUCUCCGGUGAUACGAUCAACUUCAAGGGUAGUUGCUGGCAACUGAAGUGAGCUUGAAGCAAAAUGUACCGUGUAAAUUUAGUCAAUCAAGUACCACCCCCAGCUCCAGGUGCAUCCCAGCAGCAACUCGUUGGGGUGCUGAGUCAAAUGGAUGCAGGAGGAGGUGGUGGUGGGAGCAAUGGUGUCAUGGUUGGCGGUAUGGGUGGUGGCAGCAGCUCAACGGCCAGUAUGGUUGAAGAUGCUAUUAUGACAUCUGUCAAAGUAGAGCCAAUGCAUGAUACCGCCUCCACAAGUUCAACAACCAAUGGUCAUGUGGUCUACACAACGAAACGACCCCGAUUGGAAGGGGACGAUUGGUUGUCUUCACCUAGUCCGGGUAGUGUACCCAGUUCAGCACCACCUCUAAGUCCAUCCCCAGGUUCCCAGAGUCAUAACUAUAAUAACAUCUCAAAUGGAUAUCCAUCGCCAAUGUCUACGGGCAGCUACGAUCCUUACAGUCCCAAUGGCAAAAUAGGUCGUGAGGAUUUAUCGCCGUCGAGCAGUCUCAAUGGAUACAGUGCCGAUGGCAGCGAAAGUAAGCCGAAGAUUAAGAAGGGACCGGCUACGAGACAACAGGAGGAACUGUGUCUCGUGUGCGGUGAUCGAGCUUCCGGCUAUCACUACAAUGCUCUCACCUGCGAAGGAUGCAAAGGCUUCUUUCGGCGUAGUGUCACCAAAAAUGCUGUAUAUUGCUGCAAAUUUGGCCAUGAGUGCGAAAUGGAUAUGUAUAUGAGACGAAAGUGCCAGGAGUGCAGACUGAAGAAGUGUCUGGCGGUGGGAAUGAGGCCAGAAUGUGUUGUGCCUGAAACGCAGUGCGCGAUAAAGCGGAAGGAGAAGAAGGCACAGAAGGAGAAGGACAAGCAGCAGGUUCCACAGCCCGUGAGUACCACGGACACGUACAAGACGGAAAUUCUGCCGCAACUCAUGAAAUGUGAUCCACCACCCCAUGCGGCAUGUGCCGUAAGGGCGCUCCUACCCGAGAAACUCCUGGCUGAGAAUCGGGCUCGAGGCAUUCCAUCGUUAACGACAAAUCAAAUGUCAGUCAUUUACAAAUUAAUAUGGUACCAGGACGGCUAUGAGCAACCAUCCGAGGAGGAUCUCAAGAGGAUAAUGCAUAGUUCACCGACUGAUGAUGAAGAUCAACAUGACGUUCACUUCCGACACAUUACAGAAAUCACAAUCCUCACAGUACAACUGAUUGUGGAGUUUGCCAAAGGACUGCCUGCCUUCACGAAAAUCCCCCAGGAGGACCAAAUUACCUUACUCAAGGCGUGUUCGAGUGAAGUGAUGAUGCUGCGAAUGGCAAGGAGGUACGAUGCAGCAUCUGACUCCAUUCUGUUUGCCAACAAUCGCUCCUACACGCGUGAUUCGUACAGAAUGGCCGGAAUGGCGGAUACGAUUGAGGAUCUGUUGCACUUCUGUCGACAGAUGUAUUCCAUGACGGUGGAUAAUGUGGAAUAUGCCCUUUUGACGGCAAUUGUGAUCUUCUCAGAUAGGCCAGGACUGGAGCAGGCUGAAUUGGUUGAGGCCAUUCAGAGCUACUAUAUUGAUACGUUGAGAAUCUACAUUAUGAAUAGGCAUGGUGGUGAUGCCAAGUGUUCCAUUCUAUUUGCCAAACUCCUGUCCAUACUAACGGAAUUGCGAACACUGGGCAAUCAGAAUUCCGAGAUGUGCUUCUCGCUGAAGCUGAAGAAUCGGAAGUUGCCGCGCUUCCUCGAGGAGAUUUGGGAUGUGCAGGAUGUACCACCGGGAUUGCAGGGAAAUGUCCCAGGUGGGGUUCAUGCAAAUGGCCAGGCAGCCGGUGGAGCUAUUGAGCCGGCAUAGUAAAUGGGCUCCACUCCCCUAUUAUCCCCCACCAUUUAAAAUCCCUUCGUACUACUUAAGAGAUCUCCUCAAACUAUCUCCACCAUCCUCCAUUACCCCCCAAAAAAAAGAAAAGAAAAGAAAGUCAAAGAAAAUCUUGAGAUUGCAUGGCAAAAUUUAUUUAACCUGUACAUAAGACAUUUUUUGUGAAAAUGUAAUGAAUUUUAAUGUUUGUUAGUGAAAUGAAAAAGAACCUGAUUUUCCGGAUGGAUGGAAUUUGGAAGAUUGAGAGAGGCUUCUCAAAAGCUGUAUGGACUUUUUUUAUUAACACAAAAAAUUCAACAAAAAAACUAAAAAUGUGUUAUAUAUGAAAAAGAAAAAAAAUUAUUAUCAUGUUGAGUGGAGCCCAUUUACUGUGUAAAAUUAUUUUCUCUGAUUUUUUUUUGUUCCUUAAUAUUCAAUCCUGAAAGUAUUGAUUGUGUUCGGCCAAUUUUUUGGGAUGGUAAACAAGAGUUUAUAUCUUUCCAAAUUGUGCCGGAAAACAUUUUGAUGGAGAUGUGCAAAAAAUAUCAGAAUGACAGUAAUAAGGAAUAAAAGAUGAAAUUUAGAAGGGAAAGAAGGAAGAAAGAAAAAAAAUGAAGAAAAUGCUGGAAAAGAAGGCUCCUUAUCGUUUGGCUGUGACUUGUUAUGUAGAAAAGCUAUAUAAUUCUUAAAAAAAAAGAGAAGAUAAAAGAAGGUAAUUUUAGGAAAAAAAAGAGAGAAUGACCAGAAAAAAACCUAUUAGAAUUCUAACUAUAAAGUAUAUGAAAAAAACGAUAUUUAAACAUUUAAAGAGAAGAGAAAAAAAACUAAAAUUUUAAGUAAUUAACUAGUAAUUCACAGAUUUUAUCUCUAAUGGAUGAAGAAGAAAAAAAUAGAAUGUGUUUAGAAUAAUCUUUCUAAUUAUCAUUUUGUCAUUAUAAUUUUUGUAUACGUCUUUCUUACGAUUUAUUAAUCUUUAAGAGAGAAAGAGAGAGAGAAAAGAAAACUAAAGAGGCAAAUUAUGAGAAAAAUAGGAGCACAUUUUAAAAGAGCGAGAGCGACAUUAAAAAGGAUAAUUGAUGAGGAAAAAUUGCAUCAAUUUUUAUUCAGCAUUAUUCUUUUGCUCCUCGGUAUCAACUGAAAUGAGCUGCGCAGCUGAUAAGAAAAUAAAGUGAAAAAAAAAGAACUUAGGAAACUAAAAAGAGAAACAGUGAAAGAGCAUUGAAAAUUUCCCCAACAAACCCAAAUAGACAAAAUAAAAAAGAGAAAUGCAACUGUUGAUCAUAAAACCAACUCGAAUGCAACAGUAACAAAAAAAAAAAUACAACAAUCCUUUACAAAGAAUACAAGUAAAAAAGAGUACGAAGAAUUUGGAACGAGGUGCCUUUUGACAAAAAAAUAUAUUAAUUACAAAAAAAAAAGAAAAGAAAUGAAGAAAGCCAAAAGAAUGCAAGGAAAGAAAUUUGCUGGACAGAGAUUAUUUAAAAAAAGAGAAAAAAACUAAUCAUGUAAAAUGGAAAGAAAUUCUAUGUUGGAGAAAAUUUAAUGAAAAAAAAAUCUAUUGACUGAAGGGAUUGGUGCAAGAAAAAAAUAUAAAUUCAAUAAAUUAUUUCAGACACUAUUUAAGCUGUAGAAAAUGAAAAGAAGAAAACAUUCAAUAAAAAAAGUUGAAGAAAUCUUUAUGAGAAAGGUAAAUUAAGAAAAAAAAUAGCGUAGAGAAAAGUUUUAAAAAAAGGCUGAUUGUUUGAUAUUUUAUAGACAAAAAAAACACACAAGGAAAAUUUUGAUAUAGAUGAGAAGAUAAAUUUUUUUAGUACUAAAAAAAAGGAGUGUUGAAAAAGAAUCUUGCAGAUGGAAUCUUUCGGCAGAAAAGUAAUUUUUGGGAAAUUUUGUUGGGUUGUGUUGCAAAUAUUUUGUCUUUAUUUUCAUUUUAGAUUUCCCCUAUCAAGCCUCAUUCUCUAACUUUGACCGAAGGUUAUUUUCAGAAUGUGAGGUUAUGUUGAGUCUAACCUAAAAAUAAAGAGUAUUUUGAUUUACAAAAACUUCGAAGUUUACUGUUUUAAUUCAAUUUUUAGCACUAGUUUCAAUAUUCGGGAAGGAAAGCAAUUUUGGGAAUUUAAUUUUGCAAUCUCUUUCGUUGGAGUCUACUGUGAACAAAAAAAUAUGCAAUUCUUCGAAAUAAAGUAAUACGAAAUCGAUUAGUAUCGCAAAAAUUGCAUUUUCACUUCAGAAAAGAUCGUGUAAUUGAUAUUUAUUACAUCUUUGAGGUUAGAAUUGACGGUAUUCCAUUAACCCUUUAAGAACGAGAGUGUCAAAAAUUGGGGGUUAGAAAAAAUGACUUUUCCUGACUUUUUAGAGCAAAACGUAACUUUAGAAGGCCAUAGAAUUUUUUUUUGGGAAACCGGUGUCUCAAUCGUCCUUAAAGGGUUAACUUACAAAAGAAUUCAUGAAAUUACAAUUUUUGAUUUUUUGAGUUUAGAAUAUUUAUUCAUUUCCUAUCAAAAAUUUAAAAAUUUUCUAAAGUUUCUGUUCGAAAUUAAAAUUCAAGAUAUUCUACUUGAUCAUGUAAAAAUGUACGAAAUUCUGGUCGUUGAUUUUUUUAGGUUAAAAUAAUUAUUCACUUAAUUUAUCAGAGCAAAACAUUUCUGAAAUUGCUAUUUAUUCAUUUUUAUUUACAAUUAGAGUUAUUUGUAUUUUCAAGAACAAAAUUUAAUCUCUUCGUCAAUUUUUGAGGUUAGAAUAUCAUUUAAUUUGUUUAAAAAAAAAAGACAGAAAAUAGUCUUAAAUAAGCCGAAUAAACUUAAUAAAAUGUUGCUUGUCUCUCAAAUAUUAUUUAAUUGUUUAUUAAAAAGGUUUCUGAUGUUUUCAAUAAAUUGCAAUGACUUUUUAGGUUAGUCUGAUCUGAAAGAAAUGUAUCAAAAAACCUUUUUUAAUUCUGUAGGGGGAAGUGGGGCACUUUUGAAAGUGGGGCACCUUUGAAAUUAGGAUUUUUCUCCUAUGUUUAAGUGGAACUGAGUCAUAUCAUAAUGUAAUUUAGCUUCUCAAUCUAUUUGUGCAGCUAAAUUAUAUCACAAUAAGGCUCAAUUUUAUUUAAAAAUAUGUGAAAAUUCCAAUUUCAAUGGUACCCCACUUUCAAGAGUGUCCCAUUUCCCUCUAAUUACUAUUCUGACCUAGCAUUUAACCACAAAGUUUUCUAUUGUAAUUUGAGGUUAUGUAAAACCUAACCUACAACUUCCAAAGUCUUUAGUUACUAUGCAAUAUUUUCUAACUAAACUAUUUGAGAGACAAGGGAACAAUUUUUUACUCCGUUUUUAUUGAUAUUUUACACUUUUACAUUUUUGAGUUCAUAGAAACCUGAGAAACUUAACCUCUUGAAUGGAAGAUUCGUAACUUAGUUCUUGAGGUUACACAUUGAAGGGAUUGAAGCAAAGACUGCUUGCAUUGCCAAGAUAGGAAGUUGCUUUAAGGUUUUUACACACUGGGAACAAUUUUUUGUCAAAAAUUCCUUUUUUUUUAAGGUAAUCUUCUGCAUUGUUGUAGGUUAAAAAGUCAAAAUUCUGUGAAAAAUACAAUUUUUGACGAACAUGGCUCCCAAUGUGUAGAGGCCUUUGCACAAAAUAAAGCCAAAAUUUGCUAUUCGACGACGAAUUUUGACAUUUAACAUUUUUCUCCGGAUUUUUGAGGUUAGCUCCAACAUAACCUCACAAUUUAAAAAAGCUCAUUUGGUCAAAGAAGAGAAAAAUAAAUAUGAAAAUGGAAAGGCUUGGACAUCUGAUUUUGAAAAACUUAAACCCAUUAAGGUUUUAACCUUUAAGUAUAAGGGGAAUUUAAAAAAAGAAAAACGUCGCAAGGGAUAUUUUAUUAAAAAGUUUAAAAGCACUUUUUUGGAACUGAAUUGAGAAAAACCGUCCGUUUUAGGAAAAAUUUUCUUUUAUUUUUUUUUAUGUAUACAUUUUUAUUAUUUUUAACUUUUACUAUUUUGUGGCAAUCUUGAUGAUAGUAAUUUUCACACCGAAACAAAAGAAAAAAAAUGCAUCAAUGCAUGGGAAAAUUGCACGAAGAAGAGCAUGAGCGUCGAAACGUCUGAAAUUAUUUCUUUUUUUUUUUAAUAAAUUCUAUACGAGGCAUAAGAACAUUUUAGUGACAUACGUAAAAAUUUAUAUUAGAGAAAAAAACAGUGUUAAAAAUUUCAGAAAGAGAAAUUAUAGAAAAAAAAUCAUCUAUUUAAUAUUUGUAGAUAAAUGUCAGAGAGAAAUUUAUGAAAAAUCAAAGAGAGUAAAAUAUUGUUGAAAAGAAUUGCAAUUUCUAAAGAUAUUGAUAAAAUCGAAAUGACUUCAUUUUGAACAAUCUAAUAUCACUUGGAUCUUGUGAUGUCAAUCGUGUCUACAGUCGAAGGAUAUUCCGGAUAAAAGUGUUUGAAAAGAAAACUAAAGAAAAGAGGUAUACAUAAAAUGAACAAGAUGGGGGAGACAAAGUAAUAGUUUCAUUAAAUAGAAAUGACAUAAUAAAAAUGUACAUAAAAAUUUAUCUAAAUGAAGUUCAGGUGAGAUCUAUUGCAUAAUUAUCUGUAAAUGAAAAAAAAUCACAAGAGAAGAAUUAAUUACACAAGAAAAAUAUGAAUAAUUAUGUAUAACAUAAGAGAUAUAUAUGAUUAACAUAUUCUAAUAACCUUUCACCAGAUGAGAAAAGAAAGAAAUCUAAUAUUUAAUAGUCUUACCAUAAUUAAAAAAAAAUAGUUUCCACGAAAAAUAUUAGAUUACAUCGUAAAAAUGGAAGCGUUACGUGAAUUUGUAGGGUUCCAGUGGUAAAAUUUCAAAUAUUCAAAUCUAUCAACAAAGAAAAAACUGUCUUUUGAUGUAACUAAUGAAAAAAAGAAAACAUUUUAAAGUGAAUCAGUUAUCAUUUUGAUGUGCUCAAGUUUUUUUUCCGUUCUUACUCACUAAGACACAAAAGUAAAACCAUUCAAGAAAAGUAAUAGAUUUUAGACUUAAAGAAUAAAAAAAAAGUUCAUUAUAAAAAUAGUUGAAGAACAAAAUGCCACCAUGCCUUAAGGGGUACCUGUUUGCAAAAAAAAAAAAGAUAUAGAAAAAAAACCGCUGUUGACAAAGAAAAUGCAAAAGAAACACAAAAAAAACAGCCAUGAAACACGCUCAGAUGAGAAUCAACAUUAAUAAAAAGCCAUCAAGUACCUCACACUCUUGAUAAAAAAAAGAAAUACAGAAAAAUACAAAGAUUAAAAGCAAAUAGUGUACAGCUGGAACAAAGAGUCAGACAAGAACAAUCAAUGACUUCUCAGUAUGAAAAUAUGGUGGUUGUGUUUUUUGAAAAAUAUCCUUCACUGAUCUUCUAUUCUCUUCCAAAAACUUAGAAUAUAAAAAAAAUACGGUAAGAACUCAAAGUCAAUGUUUUUUUUUUUAAAUUAAAGACUUGAUUAAGUUAUGAUAAAAUCAGAACCGGAGUUACUAUCAUGAUUAAUGCAAAAAUUUAUUUCCAAUCACUUUAAUGUCGAUUUGCUGAUAUUUCACAAAGAUCGUGUAAAUUUGCCGAUUUUUAACACCAAAUUGUCUUCAGUUUUUUACCGAUUUUGUCGUCGUUUAGAUUUGUCCGAGGAUAUCCACGCGGAAUAACUUUGAUAAGAAAAGGAACGAGUAUUUGUGAGAAACUUGAACUAACGCAUCCGGAAACCCAUUGGGAACCCAAAAUAUUUGUGAAAAAGUAUUAGGAACUUGAGGAGAAUUCACUUAGAGAAUUAAAAAAUCAUCUCAAAAGACUUGGGAACUCAGACAGAGUACUUAGAAUACUUAUGAAACUACAAAGAAUUUUUAGAACACUAUAAAAUUCUAGAAAUUGUCAGAAACUACUUGGGGACUCUCGCACAGGACUAGGUACACUUUGAAAUCUACAGAGAACCCAAGGGGUGUGUUGAAAACCAUUAGAAUCUUAUUAAGAACACUUACAUAACUAAGAAAUUAAGGAAAGACCUGCGAAUCCUAAGAAACUUGUAAAGAACUCUUGAGAAUCGAAAUUACUCACGAAAAACUAUUGGUAACUCAAAUGAACCCAAUUGGCCAAUUGAAAAACGCAUGGAGAUGCUUGAGAACCCACGGGGUGUACUAGGAACACUUGGGAAUUCAAAAGAGUGACAGAGAAUACUUGAGAUCUUACAAAGAGCUUUUAGAACACUUGAGACCUCUCAGAGCAUAUUAAGAACACUUGAGAAUCCGAAAAAUCGACAGGGAAAACUAAGGACCCCAUGGGGUGUUAGAAAACCGUUAGGAACCCAAUAGGAACACUUGUAAAACCGAGAAACUGACGAGAAAACAUAGGAAGCCUAGAACACUUGAGAACUCGCAGUACAUGUUAAGAACACUUGAUAAUCCGAAAUUCCGUCAAGGAACACUUAGGACCUCAUGGGAUGUUAGAAAAUCGUUAGAAACCCAAUAGGAACACUUAGGAAACUGAAAAACUGACGAGAAAACAUAGGAAGCCUAGAACACUUGAGAACUCGCAGAAUAUGUUAAAAACACUUGAAAAUCCGAAAUUCCGACAAGGAACACUUAGGACCUCAUGGGGUGUUAGAAAACCGUUAGAAACUCAAUAGGAACACUUAGGAAACUGAGAAACUGACGAGAAAGCACAGGAAGCCUAGAACACUUGGGAUCUCGCAGAGCAUAUUAAAAACUCUUGAGAAUCCGAAAUUCCGACAGUGAACAUUCAGGACCUCAUGGGGUUAUAGAAAACGAUUUGAUACUCAAUAGGAACACUUAGGAAACUGAGAAACUGACGAGAAAGCACAGGAAGCCUAGAACACUUGGGAUCUCGCAGAGCAUAUUAAAAACACUUGAGAAUCCGAAAUUCCGACAAGGAACACUUAGGACCUCAUGGGGUGUUGGAAAACCAUUAGAAACUCAAUAGGAACACUUGUAAAACCGAGAAACUGACGAGAAAACAUAGGAAGCCUAGAAACUUACAAAGAACUGUUUGAAAUGCAAAUUACUCUAGAGAAGAGACAAACUCUAGAGAAGAAACAAACAAAGAGUACUUGAGAAUCCAUGGGGCGCACUGGGAAACCUUAGAAACUCUAAGGAGACACUUUGGAAUCUUCUCAGGUUCUAGAAACUCCAGGAGAAUCCAUUUUCAAAACCGAAAAAUUGUCGGAAAACACUAUCAAGAAACUUUUAGGGAUCCAUAAGAAUCCGGUAACUAAAGACACUUCAAUUUUUUGGAUGAAUAAGUAAUUCUCGGCAAAUCAGGGUUGAUUUGUUGUCAAAAAUCUACAGAUCGGCAAUAUUUUCCCAAGAAAUCGACAAAUCUGCACGAUUUUGGUAAUACAUCGAUAGAUUGGAAUAAUCUUUGCAAGAAUUCUAUAUUACAAAAAAUAAUUUAUUUGAAUGUCAAAAUAAAAUCUAAAAUGUUCAAAAUUAUAUAUUUUUUUAUUAUGUAGAAUCAGUCUUUAAGUCAGUCCUUGUCAGUUUUAGAUGUCAAAAGGGAAAAACAAUGAAGAAGUAUACUGUCGAAUUUAAAGGCUUGUACUUCUUCGUGGCUUUCUUUUUCUCUUUGAGCAUUUAAAACAAUGAGAAAAUCUCAAAAUUCCAAAAUAGAAAUGAUUCCGAAUUAUCCCAUCUUAGCCUUUGUCAGUAAAAUAACUAAAAAUCAGUAAAAAUUCUUUGGAAAAUAUUAAUUUCAAGUUAUAGCGAAAAUAUUGAUAUUAGAAUUAGUAAUGACGUUUACAACGUUCUUGGUAAUAUUCUAUUCACACGUGAAAAAGUAUUUAAUUCUGUGAUAUAUUUUAGCCUAUGCCUUGAUUGGUUAAAGUUUGACAGCUUUCAAAACUUCAGCCAAUCAGAGGAUAAGAUAGACUGAAAUAUUUUAUACGAAUAAAUAUUGAAUUACGUGUGAAUGAUGCUUAAGUGAAAUAGUUUUCAAAAUCAUCAGCCACCGAAAUUGUCGCGAUAAUCUCAUGAGAAGUAAAUUUUGUCCAAUUUUUCAAUGGAAUAAAAUAAAACAAGCACUUUAGUAAUUUCUCGAAAUAUUGUACAUUUUUUUCAUUCUUUAAUAUUCUUCAGAAACUUGCCCCCAAAUUGUGAAUUUUUCUGAUUAUAUUUUUUUUUGGUGAAAAUUCUUUUAAACGAUUGCAAGUGAAUUUAAUUUCACUACACUGCCAUCUUAUAUACUCUUUUUCGAUAAAAAUAAACGACACAUACGUCGAGAUAUUAUAAAGCAAGAAAAAAAACAACAACUAAAAGAUCUACCAAGUGGAUGAAAUAUUAUGUAAAAUAAACAUCUUUUUGAAUAAUAGAGAUUCAAAUGAUGAAGAAAAAAAACAACAAUGAGUGUCAUAAAAAACAUUUUACAACUCUAGUAGAGAAAAAGUGCAUAAAAGUAAAUUUAAUGAGACAAGAAGAACUACUAAAUAAAAUAUGCAUUACUAUAGUUGUGUCACGUAACAAAAGCAUUUUUGAGAUAAAAAUGAAAUAUUUCUUACUUAAGGUGAAUAGCAGAAAAAAAUUAAGAUUCAAAUACGUUAAAUGUCGUGUCAGUUUUCUUUCAUAAGAACUACAUUAAAAAAAAAACAUCUAAUAUCUCUCUCUUAUUCCCGCGAGCACAUUAAAGAACAAUACUACUAUAAAGUGAAAUCAUUAUUAGAACAAGAAAACAAGUAACUAAUUAAAUGCUUUUUGCCGCUUUCAAUUGCUAUAAACCAUUUUAGUAAAUAGAAUUAAUAAAAUGAGAAAUAUUAGAGAUGAAAAAAAAAUCAAUAAAUUCUCUCUGAACGAAAUCGCACAAAUACGUCAAUAUAAGAAAAUUAAAAAAAAAUAAAAUUGUUGAAGUAAAUUCAACAUAAUAACUGUCACCAUUGUUUUUUCUAACAUUUUUUAAGCGUAGAAUUGAUUUGUUUUCUGAAUUAAAAGUGAAAUAAUAUGACACUGCCAUGAUUUUAUUGAAAAAAAUAAAUAAAUAAACGAAGUCUUUCUUCAACUUGCACCGCAUAAAUUGUAGAUUUUUUCAUAUUAGAGACAUAAUAUAACUAUUAAAUGCGAUAGAGACUUAUUAACUGAAUGUUGUAGCUAUUGCAAAAGUUAAAGAAAUCGAAAUUAAAUUGCAUGCAUUUUUUCAAAAUUUAGCAUAAAAAAAAAACAUCAUGGAGAAAUAAAUAUUUUAAACAUUGAAAUAUAUUACUGCCACAGUUUUUUAGCUUUGAACUUUGGAGAAACAAAAAAGGCAAAAGAAUGUAAGGGAUUGCAGAGUUGGGAAAGAUGAAAAAAAAGUAAAUAAGAGUAAAACUGAUACGACUUUUGAGGAAAAAUCCAGGAACAAAAGUCACAUGAAUUGAUCUUAAUGAUCCUUGUAAAAAAAUACUGGAACGGGCUUUUAUUCUCACAUUUGUCUAAGAGGUUAUUUUGUUUGAAAUGUGAGGUUAUGUCGAUUCUAACCUCACAAAAAGCAAGCGUAUAUUUGGAGCAUUAAAGAGAAAGGCAUUCAAAGAGAAGCGAUUUUUACCAUCAAUUCAAUUUUUUUUAUAUUUUAGUUUUAAAUAUUUUUGCGUUAACUUCUAAAUUCUAAUCUAAGAAAUUUGAUCAAAGUAUCAAAUCAACAUAUUACCGCAUAGGGUGGUGUCAUCACUUAUGAACGAUAUACACUUAUGGGCAGCUUGAAAAAAUCUAAAAUUCUUACCUAAAACAGAUUUCGAAAAAUAACAAAAUUGUAAAACACAUUAUAAACUGCUUAUUUUAUGAUUUUUUCGAAAUCUAUUUUAUAUAAAAAUUUAAGAUUUUUCUGAGCUGUCCAUAAGUAUACAACGUCCACAAUGAAUAACUCCACCCUACUAAAGUGAAUCAAAACUUCAAAGAAAAAGUAAUCUUGUUUUGAAGUUUCCUGGUUUUGUUUUUGAGGUUAGAAUUUGGUGCAAGAAUGCAGACUCUUCGAGAAAAAUAUCAGAAAAUUGUUACUUUUUCGGUCUCAACCUAACCAUGAACUGUUUAGAUAUUCCUUCGGGAUCAAUUAAUGAUUGGUCGCAGCUGUCUUAUGCCCUACACUUACGACUUAAACCGAAAGACGACCUAAUGUAAAUAUAAUCAAAGUAAUGAUUUGACUAAAUUCCCAUCAGUUUAAGCCGAGAAACAGAUUAGUUAGAAACCGAUGGAAAUGUAAUCUAAUCAUUAUUUUGGUUAUAAUUAUGUUAAGCCGCCUCUCGACCUAAGUCGUAGUGUGUUUAGGACAUUACAGGCUAAAUCUAAAUGAUCUGAAUCAAUUGGUUGUAUGAGGUACUAAGAGCAAAAACAAAAUAGUAUCGUAUAUGCAUUUCCUUUCAUUUUUGCUUUAAGUGCCUCAUAUAUUUUGUAAUUUGUUACAUGUUACAUGUUUAACCUAAUUAUAUGCUCCAACAGAAAAAAUUUUGAAACUUAAUCCUCACAUAGCUUUUUUUAGGUUAGGUCUAACAUAACCUCAAAUGUAAAGAUAACCUCCAAGAUAAAUCAGAGAAUUAAACUUUAUUCACUUGUAAUUAAGCAUUUUAUCGUAUGAAAUAUUUUAGUCCCACCGGGUUUACUGAUUGGUCUGAGCCUUGGAAGUAUUCAAAGCCUAAGCCAAUCAGAGAAUGCGAAACGGCUAAAAUAUUUUAUAACAUUAAAUGUUCAAUGGCAUGUGAAUAAUUCUGUAGCGGUAUAAGCCAGAUAAUUAUGGAAAGAAAAGAUUUGUUAAAAAUUGUAGCAAUUCUUUAGUGAAAUAAUUGAGUGAAAAAUUUACAUUUUAAAAGAAAACAGUAGUUUUAACCGAUGAAAAGAAAAAAAAUCGAUAAAAUCGAAUGAAAUUUUCGCAAGAUAAAAAAUUGAUUAGAGGGUGGUUUUUUAAUGAGCACCGUUGAAUAAGAAUUUUGAAAAAAAAAGUGAUUUUAUUUAUCACAAUAACACCACGAUAUUCAUUUUUUAUUACGCAAAAAAAAUUUUACAUGAGAAAAAAUACGGUCAAAAAAGCGAUAAAAAUUCGAAAUUUUAAUAAUUAGAUUAUGGAAAAAAAAAAGAAAAUCUUAAAGACUUAACCCAAAUCGGGUCCAAAUUGGCUUUUCUUUCUCGGUCAGAGUAAAUCUUCUACAAAAAUGCGAACUCGAAAAAAUUAUUUCCUUUUCCUACCAAAAAAAAAACACGGCGAAAAAUUGAGAUAAAAAUUAUUAAAAAUAUAAAAAAAAGAAUAUUAGAAAGACGUUAACGACUGAUCACGGUGCUCUUUUUUCACGUCAAGGAUUGACAUUAAAAAAAAAAUAUUAAAAAGAAAUGAGAUAAAAAUUUUCAUUCACUUAUAAAUUUAAGAGAAAUAAUUGUAAUUUUAAAAUUCAAAAAAAAUAAUAAUGUUGCAAGAUAUCUUUGCAAGUUCAUUGUAGUAGAAAAUGUGCUGAAUAAUGCAGUUUCCGGGGGUUUUGGAUUGAUUGAGAAGACAUAUGAAAUAAAACUGCCGCAAUUGAUGUUGUAAUUCACCAACAAUGAAUAGAUAAAUCAUGUAAAAAACAAAAUGGAGAGAUUUAUAGUGCUAAAUUCAAACUGCCAUCUAAUUUGAUGUUUUCUUUUGCAAAACAUUGGAAAGAACUGCCGAUUGAUUUGUUUUUUUGCAGUAAUGUUACUGAACGAUGACAAAUUGCAUUUUUCAGCACAAUUAUUUAAUCAAAAGAUUGUUUUUUUUUUGCAAAAUGAAAGAAGUAAUCACAUAAAACUAUCAAUAUCCUUGGGAUAAUUGCAUGCAAUUAGUUUAUGAAGAAUUUCUUAGUUGUAUGCAAUUUCGUACAAGAAAUUUUUAGUUUCAUGCGAUUAAAUUACUUUUUAAAUUAAAAAAAAAAUGCAGAAACAUUUUGCAAAAUUAGAUUAAAAAUUCUCAAUGUGAAUUUGAAUAACAUUUCCAUAAUUAUACUAUUUAAAAAAAAAUAACAACAGCUACAUUGAAAGGAAUUUAAAAGAAGUAAAAUGAAAAAAAAUGAAUAUCUCUUGGAACAACGACAGAAGGCUCAUUAAAAUAAAUUUAUUUUUUUGAAAGAAAUUGUGCAAAAAAAGAAAAUUAAUUUUAUCAAUCUUGUUUCAGUGAACUCCGAGAAAAUCCACAGUGACGUAAAAGAAAUUGCAAAAGAAAUUGCAAAAAGUCUCUACAAUAGCGAAUAAGAAUAUAGUGAAAGAUUUUUUUCUUCGUUAUUUCUUAUAGAAAACAGAGUAUGAAAGAAGAAAAGAAUUUACAAUUUAAGGGUCUAAUUAAAAAAAAAAGAACUAUACUUCAUUUUGAGAGGUCAGCAACAUUUAAAAAGAAAAUGCAAAAAAAAAUAGUGAAGAAAACGUAUUUUUUAUACAGAAAAUCGAGCAAGUGAAAAAGUAAUUUAAAUAUCAUCUAAUCUCUAAGAUUUUUGUUUUUAAAAAUACAAACUGUAUAAAAAAAACACCUCGAUAAGUUGCAGUAUAUCUUUCUUUUUUCUUUUUAGCUAAUUUUCAAGAUAUUUUGUCAGUAGCCACUAAAACCUCUUAACUGUAGUGAGAAUGAGCAAACAUUUGUAGAUUUAAAUUAACUUUAGCUGUUUUUUUUUAAUUUGUUGUUAUAUCCCUUUUUUUUUACAACUUACUCUAUAGUGCUAUUUAAAGAAGAAUUACAAGAAGUUAUUUAAAGAACAGAAAAACAAACCAACACUUUUAAUGCAUACAAGAAUGAUAUAAGAAAACAAUUCCUCAGUUUAAUUCUCACCGAAUGAGAGUAUGAAGUGCAUGAAGAUGCUGAAUGCAAGGCAAAGAGAAGAGAAAGUUCGAAAGAAUCAUUUGUGACUAUUCAUCUCACACGAUAAUUUAAUAAAUUAAAACAGAGAUCAUAAUUAGAAUCACAGAAAAUUAAAAGAAAAAGUACUACACAAUUUUAGGUAAGAAAAUCAAAUAAGAAAAAAAAAAAACAGAAAAAUAUGAGAUGAAAAAAUGUUGUAGUCUGGUAGUUGAGAAAUGAAAAAAAGUGAGAGAAAAAGAGAAAAUAUAGAAAAUACUAAUAAUAUAUUUAAAAAAAAAGAAGAAAUAGAUGAAAAUACAUAUUAAAGAUGAUGAAAGUAAUAGAAUAAUGUACGAUAACACAACACAAAAAAAAGAAA